AUGAAUGAUGAACAAGAAGAUAUGAUGAUGGAUGUUGAUAGUCCAAUACGUUCACAACAACAUCUUCCCACUCAAUUUUAUUCCAUCACCAACAAUACUUCGGGUGAUUAUCAAACUGCCAGAGAAGGUGUUGAUAGUGACGUCGAGCAAAGUGAAGAUUUGACCCAUACGAAUACGAAUACAAAUACGAAUACGGACACCACUAUUAGACCUAUUCGUCAACGUCGACCUGGAAAGAAGAGAGAUAAGAGAGUGAGGAAGAGAAUAGGUUCAAACGAAAGUAGUAGUGGUGGUGAAGAUCAAGAACGAUUUGAUCACAGUCCACACAGUGCCGAAUCUAUAAAAUCCAAUCAAUCUUCCCGUACGGAAGCUGCCAAGAUUAUAUUAUCCCUCAAUCGACCGGUCGGUGUAGGUGAAAAGGAAGAAGGAUUCAUCAGUAGCAGUAGUUUCAAUAGACGUGGUAUACACAAAAUUGAAAGAUUAAAAGAACAACAACUCACACCUAAUCCUAUACUAUCAACAUCAAUAAUCAUACCUCAUCAUCCUCCUCCUCCUAUACCUACCCCACGCCUCGAGGCUUUAACACCAGAAGCGAAUCAUCCGAACAAUAGACAAGAUUGGAUAUUAUCAUUUCCUUCUUCUUUUCCACAGGAUCAUCUUCAUAAUACCACCAUUACUUCCCCCGCUCAUCUUUCCAUACCUACGCAAGUCAAUCCAGGUUUACCUCACCGAGGUAUCUUACAUUUAGAUUUGAAUCAUUCAGAUUUAUUCCCUAUUGUUCAACAAUCAUCAACAUCUUCACGUUCACAUACACGUACUAGACCUAAACCUAUUGUACUUCCAAUCCCGAUAUCUUCUCAUAGACAUUCACCUUAUCCACGUUCAGCAUCAUUAUCAUCUUCAACAACUUUACGUCCCAUCUCAUCGAGUUUGACACAAACGAAUAGUAGUAGUUGGAGUUCCACCGGUUUCGCCACCGCUACUAUCAUUGAAGGAUAUUCGAAUCAAUCACCUUUAACAAGUUUGAUUAAUUCAAAUAUGAUACCUAAUCGUACACCUCCAAGAGGUCUUUCAUCAGCUAGAAGAAGAGCUCAUCCAGAUUGGCCUUCACCGAAACCUUCGACACCUAUACAACAAGUUGAAUUGAAUAUAAAUACACCUACACCUUUAAGAGUACCACAGACGGCAGGACCUUCAUCUUAUUCCUAUCCGCCACCUAAUAGCGCUACUUUGAACACAUCAACUUCUAUUUCUCAAAGUGCUCAAUUACAAGGUGUAGAUAAAGACGAGGGAAACUCUUUACCAGGAAUCAAGAGAAGUGAGGGUAUAUCGAGGGAAAUUGGGAUAGGAAAAGAUGUAACAAGAAGAUAUUUACCUUAUACAAACGCUCCUCGUUCUGCACCACUUCGAAAUCCUCAACAAUAUACUUCCUCCGCUCCUAUACCUUCAGCAAGUAGAUUAGGUGAUCCAUUACCUAUACCUGGUUCGGCGGGAGAAAGAAUACCUAUACCUAUACCAGGUUCGGCGGGAGGAAGAUUACCUAUACCUAUCCCAAACUCGGCCAGUAGUGCUAGGUUCAGGAAUGGUUUCGGGAGAGAUGAGAGAGAAGAAUUGAAGCAUUAUGUUAAAGAAUUAAAUUCGAGAGCAGAAGAGUUUUGGACAAGUCAUGAGACUACGGAUUGUAGGAUUAUCAUACCUCUUGAUAAAAGAUCAGUCACACCUCGUACUGGUAUCCCUCCAACUCCUUCGGGUAACAACCCACCUCUCACUCCUUCCGCUCCUAUACCCUCUUCUGCGGUCCAGCCUUCCACACCAAGUUCAGCAAGAAGUUUACAACCCCCUCCUUCUUUGGGAUCAGGACGUAGGAUGUCUGGGUAUACUGACAUACCGGUUACAGUAUUCAACGUCCAUUCCGGCUACUUAACAACUCAAAGUGGUCUUUUCCACGCUCUCUUCGCUCAUAAAACAUCAUUUCAAAUGAACCAACUUCCUCCUCUCCGUUCCGCAGGUCUAGGACCAGGUUCAGGAUCAGGUCAUAGUCCUCAAAAUAAAGGUUAUAAAGGUUCUAGAUGGAUGCCACCUAGAGUAGGUGAAAAACCUACUUUAUGGGUACCUUUACCUGAUCCUGGGAGUUUUAGCGUUUUGUUACAUUGGAUGUAUUGGGGAGAUAACCUAGCACUCGAAUCAGCGAUCCAUAACGGAUUAGUAUCAUGGCAAGGUAUAGUCAGAAAUAUAGAAUACCUCGAAGCAUCAGAUUCUUUGAAAAGGGUAUUAGGACAAUGGUGGAAAACAUGGAUCGAACCUUCUGGUGGUAGACAAGCAAAAUCAAAAUCAAAAUCCAAACCUAUCGAUAAUCGUCGAAUUUCAGAUCCAUCCCCUUCGAAUUUGGUGUCAGAACCUAUGCGUCGUUCUUUUUCUUCUCAAUCUUCAGAAGGUGGUGGUGGAGCAGGUAAAAGAGGAAAAGGUAAAAUGAUAGUCCCGCCAGGAUUGGAAGAAGGUGAAAGUGGAGAAGAAGCUGAUGAAGAAGAAGAAGAAGGUAUGGAAGGGGGAAGGGAAGGGGAAGGGGAUGAUACUGGUGUAGCUGAAGAAAUGGAAAAGUUGUAA